GUGAAGCUGGUGAGUGGAUAGUACAGUCAGUACUGGAUGGUAAUGAUCUCACUAGUAAGAACUAUCAAGAAAAGUAUGAAUCGUACAGCAAGACCAGAACAUGGUGGAUGGAUCAGCUAAUAGAAUAUCCGACAGAGAGGGAAAUGAAGCUUCAGAGAUAUAUACAAUCUUUACAUGAAGACCUACAAGUGGCUCAUGAGAGCAAAGUAUCACUACAGGAGGCACUGGUUGAGACCAAUAAACAAGUUGAAGGUGAUGAUAGUAAUGAUAUUAUGAGGAGUGUAUUAGAAGAGAUGAGACAAGAACAUGAAAAGUUGAUUGAAGAGAAACAGAUUAUUACUGAGGAUAAUGAGAAACUAAAACUCAAAGCUGCUGAAUAUCAUAAAGAAGAAGUAUUGGAAGAAAAGACACAAAUAGAGGAGAAGCAACAGAUUAUUACUGAAGAUUAUGAGAAACUGAAACUCAAAUUACACUGUGUUGAUUUAACAGGACGACCAGGUCUUAUUCGUCAUCUCAAGUUUGCCAUAGCUCCUGUGAGCACACCCAGUCUUCCUUACCAGUUUUCACUAGUUGAGGGGGGAGAGUUUAAAGCUGAUAGUUGGUAUGGAUCCAUUCAACGUAAAGAGUUCUGUUUG